AUGAGCUACUUCCUGUCCUACUGCAAAGCGCACUGCACCACGGUGCUCUCCCAUUACCAGACCCUGAGAUCAGAGGGCUUUCUAUGUGAUAUUUUGCUGAAAGUGAAGGAAAAUGAGUUUCCUGCACACAAGUCUUUGUUGGCAUGUUCCAGUGACUAUUUCCGAGCCAUGUUCAAAAGUUACACACAGGAAUCUAAAGCCAGUGUGAUUCAGCUGCAGGUUGUCUCACCCACUGGUCUCCAGCAUGUCCUGGAUUUCAUUUACACUUCCUUGCUGCCUCUUUCCUUUGAAAGCCUGGAGGAGACCUUGGAAGCUGCGAGCUACUUGCAAGUGACUGAUGCCAUUGGCUUGUGCAAUCAGUACUUGGUUAACAACCUCUCCUUGGAGAAUUGCUGCUUCUCUGCCAAUGUUGCCAGGAGGUUCUACCUGCCAGCUGCCCUAGCUGCAGCAGAAAAAUACAUUAUCAACAACCUCUGGAAGCUGUUGGACUUGGACUUGUCAGGAUUGCUCGAGCUGAAUUUCAGGACACUGCUAGCGGUGGUAGAAUCACCAGAUCUCCCUAUGGUGAAGGAAACUAGGCUGUUGGAUCUUCUGCUGCUGUGGCUGAAGCAGGAUAAAUCCAGGUUGAUUCAUGCAAGCAGCCUUUUGGAGCACAUAAGAUAUGGUCUCAUCCCAGUGGAAGACCUGAGGAGAAUUUACACACAGUCAGAAGUGCCCCUUACUGCAAGUAUCAAAUGCCUGAUCAUUAAAGCAAUAAACUACCAUACAUUGGUUUUCAGACAGCCAAUCCUGCAGGAUAAGUCCACCACACUGAGGAACCAGAAAACUCGGAUCAUCCUUCUGGGGGGAGGGACAGUAAGUGAGGGUCUCAUCACUGAAGUGGUGGCUUUUGAUGUUUACAACCAUAAAUGGAAAGCUCUCACAAAGGUGUGUGAUGGGGUGCAGAACCACAGUGUGUGCGUGGUGGGGAACUUCCUCUACGUUUUGGGGGGAGAAAUAGAAGGUGGCACUCCAAGUGACUCGAACAGUGACAAGAUCUUAUCGGUUACAAACAAGGUCCAUCGCUACGAUCCAAGGUUUAACACAUGGACCCAAAUCACAGGCAUGUUGGAAAAGAGAUGCCAAUUUUCUUGUUGUGUCUUAAGCAACAAUAUUUUUGCCAUUGGUGGACGGGGUGAGAAUGGGUGUCUGCAUUCAUCUGUGGAAGUCUACAACAUCACUAGAGACAGAUGGACGAAGGCCAGGGAAUUGCCAUGCAAGAUACAUGGUCAUGCCAGCGCCACUUGCAAGAAUACUAUAUACAUCUCAGGUGGCAAAUAUGCAGAACCAGCCAGCACAAGCAAGGACUUAUAUUCUCUGAGCUCACUUGAAGGGCAGUGGAUGAAACAAGCUCCCAUGAGCAUUGCUCGGUUUGGGCAUCAAAUGGCGACAAUCAGAGAAACCAUAUUCACAUUUUUAGGUUUAUAUGAACCAUUCUCUGAAAUAGAAAGAUAUGACCCUGAUCAAAACCAAUGGACUCGUUUGAGGCCACUGAUCUAUGACCGAUUUUGCUAUGGUCUGGUGGUAGUAGAGGAAACAGCUCUUCUCAUUGGGGGAAAGAAAUGGCAAGACUCACGGGAAGUCCCCACACAAGACGUGGUUGGCUAUGACAUUGACAACGAUAGCUGGGAGGAGAUUUGCAAAGCCCCCCUGCCCUGGUGUGGGCUGCAGUGUGCGGUGCUGCAGCUGUCAGAGAUGGAUGACGAACAGGGCAGUGACACCCCAAAAAAGAAGCUGCCAAACUGCUGA